AUGUCUUCAAUUCCCACGUCUUCAAAUCCCACGCACGAAAAGUCCCCGGGGCCUCUUGGCAUCGAUGAGGAAGUCGAGGCUCUAGAAGGAUAUGUUGUGGACCCCAGUCAUUAUCCCAAUAACGCCGUCAACCUCAAGACUAGUGCUGAUCACAAGUACGUCCUCAUUCCCCAGCCAUUGGACUCUCCCCAUGACCCAUUGAACUGGUCCGUGGGCAAGAAACGAUGGAUCGUAGCUGUCAUCGCCUACAUCGCGUUCUUGGCUGAUUACACCGGCGGAUCGGCUAUCAUCACCAUCCUCCCGCAAACUAUGGAAUGGGGUCUCACUCAGGCAACCGUGCAGAGGGCUGUGGCGGGUAACCUCUUUACCAUUGGUGCCUGUGGAUUGUUUGUCGUUCCAUUCGCAAGUUACUGCGGUCGUUGGCCGGUGCUACUGUUUUUCCAAUUGCUUAUGCUGGGAACUUGUAUCUGGUCCGCUGCCGCUACCAGCUUUCCAUCUUAUCUUGCUGCACGCACCAUCAAUGGCUUUUUUUGCAGUGCCGGGCAGGGAGGUGCGUUGAUGUGGAUCAAGGACCUGUACUUCUUCCACCAACACCCGCAAGUCAUCAACUAUGUGGAGUUUUCAAUUAUUCUCAGCCCAUACAUUGGCCCCAUGUUCACGUCGUUUAUCGUUUCGGUGACGACAUGGCGUUGGGCUUUUUGGUUGUGCACGAUGCUUGCGGCAAUUAGCUUGCCUCUGGUCCUCAGUAUUGAUGAGACCCUGUUUGAUCGCAAGAACCCGCCGGUCACAUGCAGUUCCUAUGUCUCCCGUCUCCUUGGAGCUCAUCAGGCUCAAGCUUGGCGUUACAAAAGCGUCUUUCGGUGCAUGUGCCGCCCAGUGGUAGCUAUCACCAAAAUACCUGUGUUGACAAUCCUCAUCUACUACUUCCUCAACUCUGCCUGGGUUGUUGGAGUGAACACCACCAUCGGCAUCUGGUUGAGCAACAAUACUCAAAAUAAACCAAUCGAUUUUUUGAAACUAACUUGUGCAGGCUUGUUCUACUUCUUCGGCGUAGUCGGCGUACUCGCCGGCUGGUUCAGCGGUCACUUCCUCCACGACGCAGUGGGUCGAUACUACGCCAAACGACACGCAGGUCGUCUCCACCCAGAAGCCCGGCUCAUUCUCACAUACCCAGCUACGAUCCUUUGCGCCGUGAGUCUACUAGUACUCGGAUUCGCCUUCGAGCGACACUGGCACUACAUGGUUAUUGCAGUAUUUGCAGCAAUUCAAACUGUUGGUGUCAUGCUCGUUACGACUGCAAUCAAUUCCUACCUGCUGGACGCUUACCCUGAAGGCUCAGGGGAGGUUGGUGCCUGGGUUACGGCGAGUCGCAACUGGGGUGGAUUCAUGGCGACAUAUGUCCAGAUUAGCUGGGUCUUGAGCCUUGGCCCUGCGAAGGCCCUCGGUAUACAGGCUGCCAUUACCAUAGCGUCGCUGAUUUUAAUCGCUUCCUUGCAGAUGUACGGAAAGCGGCUGCGACAGUGGCAGGGUCGGAUGGCAUUCGAAUAA